CCUCCUCAGACUGAAGACCCCUAGUCACCUUUCUUCCUCCAGCCAAGGGGCUUUGAAUUGGAGUGGUGGGAUCCCAAUGUCAUCCCAGUACGCUAUUCUGGGAGAGGUGAGACCCCACCCCAGCACCAUGAACCUUUCUAACGUCCCACCAGGCCUCAAUGGCUCCCAGGGAGGCCCCGGACCUACCCUGUAUGGGGGUCAUUCUUUGUGGCAGGUGGUGUUGAUUGUGCUGAUGACUGGGAUCCUCUCACUGGUCACAGUGGUGGGCAACCUGCUUGUGAUGGUCUCCUUCAAAGUCAACAGCGAAUUGAAGACAGUCAACAACUACUUCCUACUCAGCCUGGCCUGUGCUGACCUCAUCAUUGGGGCAGUGUCUAUGAACCUCUACACCACCUACAUCAUCAUGGGCCAUUGGGCCCUCGGUAACGUGGCCUGCGACCUCUGGCUGGCCCUUGACUAUGUAGCCAGCAAUGCUUCAGUCAUGAACCUCCUUAUCAUCAGCUUUGACCGCUACUUCUCUGUCACACGGCCCUUGACCUACCGGGCCAAGAGAACGCCCAAGAGGGCGGCCAUCAUGAUCGGCCUAGCUUGGGCCAUCUCCUUCAUCCUUUGGGCACCCGCCAUCUUGUUCUGGCAGUACUUUGUUGGGGAGCGGACAGUGCCCUCAGGAAACUGCCAUCUCCAGUUCCUCUCUCAGCCUAUCAUUACUUUUGGCACGGCCAUUGCAGCCUUCUACCUGCCGGUCACCAUCAUGAUCAUUCUCUACUGGAGGAUCUACCGGGAGACUGAGAACAGGGCCAGGGAACUGGCUUGCCUGCAAGGCUCAGAAAGCAAGAGCAUUGUCAGGCCAACCCCCAACAACGGGCCUAAAGGAGGUGGCGUAGGCAGCAACAGCAGCUCCGAGCGGUUGCAACCCAUCAAGGUUUCUUCUGCUGUGGCAAAAGCCCACACGCAGGCCUGCUGCUUCCCCAGUUCGAGGAAGGCCAAGCUAUAUGUGGAGCAGAGCAGCAAUGGGAGCUGGAUCAAUACAGAGGAGGAGGAAGAGGAGGAUGGCUCCCCUGAUUCCUUGACAUCGUCUGAGGGAGAGGAGCAGCCCUUUGAGGUUCAGAGUGUCUGCUCGGUGGUGAUCCGGCUGCCUAUGAUUGGCAGUGUAGCACAGCCACCAUUGCCAACACAGAAGCCAACCCGGGACCGGGAGAAGCUGGCUGGAGGGCCAUGGGCAGGAAGGAAUGGCUUGUGCAGGAUCCUAGCGCAGUCUCCUGCUGCCACCGAGUCCCCCAACAUGGCCAAGAAGCCAUCAAACAAAAAGAUAUCACCAUUGAAGGAGAAGGGGGCAUUGACUGGCAAAAGCCAUCUGCGGAAUAGGAGCAAACAGCUCUCCCAGCGGAAGACCCUCUCCCUGAUCAAGGAGAAGAAAGCAGCCCGAACACUGAGCGCCAUCCUGCUGGCCUUCAUCCUCACCUGGACACCCUAUAACAUCAUGGUGCUGGUGUCCACCUUCUGCCAGGACUGCGUUCCUAACAGCCUCUGGAAGCUGGGAUACUGGCUUUGCUAUGUCAACAGCACUGUCAAUCCCAUGUGCUAUGCCCUGUGCAAUAAGUCUUUUCGCAAUACGUUUAAGAUGCUGCUGCUGUGCCGCUGGGACAAGAGGAGGUGGGGGAAGAUGCCCAAGCACGUGGUGGCCUUCCACAGGGCUCCAGCACACUGAGCAGGCGUGGGGUGAAUUCCAGAAUGAUUAAAUCCUGGGCUGGGAUGAAGAAUGUCAGGCAAACUGCACUGCAGCGGAAGAAUGGGACCUGGCUGUGAUGCCAGAAGGGGAAUUCCUCCGAGACGAUCAUGAACCCAGCCUUUGGGGUCUGGGUGAGGAUACAGCUGGCAGGUGCUGGAACACCAUGCCACCGUUUAUUAUUGUAAUCUUGAACUCAUUGUCAGAUAGUGACUUUCCUUGAAACCUUGAUGAAUGUGGAUGUAUCAAAAGGAAAACAAAUGGACAAAGCUGGCUCAUGUAGUGCUCUGGGGUUGAGAUAAACUGAUUUAAAACCUGGUUUAAAAUCUAAGCCACAGGGCCCUUGAAACCAGUGAUUCAUGGUUGUGACAUGACCUCUUGGGAUUUUCAGCUCUUUCCAGUCUUUAUGCUUUGACUAAGAGGACACUUGACCUUCCACCCAUUCAGCCACAGAGACAAGUGCAGUCUAGCCAUCCUACUGCUUAGACCAGGAAAAUGGGAGUCAGGACUCCUGGCUCUUCAUGAGUGUGUCUAGUGGUUAGAGUCAGAGACUGGGCUGGGAGGAGAGAGGGCAUCUAGUGCUUAAAAGCAAGGACCGGGGGAAGACUCUGGCAUUCCAGCUCCAGUUCUGGGAGGUCAGUGGUGUCUAGUGAUUAGGGCAGAGGAGAAUGGUAGACAGGACUCUUGAGUUCUUCUAUUUCCCAGCUCAGAGUCAGAGACUAGGAAUCAGAUCUGGGGGGCAGGGAGGGCUAAUGGGGUAGAAUAGGGUGGCACUGGGAGCCAGGACUCCUGGAUUCUAUUUCCAGCUCUGGGAGGGGAGUGGUGUCUAGUGAUUAAAGGUGGGGGUGUCUGGGCUCUGGAGUUCCAUUCUCAGAGCUUGUGACCUUGGGCAAUCAUGGGUGGUAAAGCUUCAUUGGUUGAGUUUUAGAAAACACUUUGUAAUCUGGUGCCAGGGAGGUGCAGAGUAUCAUUACACUGAACUAAGAGAGAUGAAAACUGAAGGUGACAUGAGGAAAGAUGACAUCUGGAGUGGGGAAAGACAGCAAGCAUAGUUGCACCUCCAUUCUUCCCAUCAGGGUCUUAAAGUGUCCCAUUCAACCAUAUGGACACAGGAUACUAUUAAUAACUCACUCUGUCCCUGGCCUGCUCACAAGGAUUAGUGUAGAGAAAUUCUUCCCUGUUGGAAUGGUAUAGAGGGGCAUGGAUGAGCAUCUCUCUAACGGGGUUAUAUAGGCCCCAUUACCAUAAUAUCUAGCCACCUCACAAUAUUUUAAUUGGGGUUGUUAAGCAAUUAAAAAAAUUAUUUGUGAUUAAUUGCACUGUUAAACAAUAGAAUACCAUUUAUUUAAAUAUUUUUGGAUGUUUUCUACAUUUUCAAAUAUAUUGAUUUCACUUACA